AUGCAGUCCAACUACUACACCAUCCUUGGCCUCGAUCCCUCCGCAACCCUCCCUGCCAUCCGCGCGGUAUACAAUGUCCUCGUGCUCGAGCACCACCCAGACAGGACGGCGAAUCUAACUGAAGAUGAGCGCACCACACAUGCUUCGAUCUUCCACAGCGUGCAGGAAGCAUACAACGUCCUGGGCAACCCCGCUUUGAAAGAGACAUAUGACAAGGAGCUUCAGAACUUCGCAUCGGCGAAUGUCGGACUGUCAACGUCGCACUGCGCCCGUAGCACGCGUAGCGACCAUGCACGACCAUUUCCAGCGAAUAGCACCGCCGCCCACCCUCCGACCGAAGGCGAGAAGACUACAAUGAAAUCUAGAGUCGAGGCUCAAAUGACCAUCUUCCGGCUAGAGCGGGCAAGACGCGAUGAGGUAGAUAAACUCAGGUCGGUUGCUCACCUGAAGCAUGUGCUCGAACUGUGGAUGGAUCAGAUGGCUGUGGAUAAUCUACCUCCACAUGAGCGCGCAUACUGUCAAAUCAAGAUCCACGAGUAUGAGCAAAAGAUUGCAGAGCGCAAGGGCCAGCACGAAGCAUGGCUCAAAGAGAUGUCGACACCGAAAGCAAGACAGGAGAAGACGCCCAACCAAUCAUCGCGUCCAUAUAAAUACACUCUCUUCUCUGGGCCGAGUCGAUCGCCGUCCACAAGCUCGUCGUCCCGAACUGCGUCUCCCAUGAGCGAUGCCGGCACAACAUCGACACGGGCACGAGCACGCGCGAAUGCCAAAGACAAUCAAGACGCAUUGAGGAAUGCUCGAGCAACGACAGCUUCCACUGCGCGACGGUCCACUACCGUGUCUUCGAGUGCCAACCCAGAAGACCGGCCGCUGAAGUACCGCUUGUUCAGGUAA